GCCUAUUUCUCUCUCCCUCUCCUGAGAUUAGGGGUUUGAGGGUUUGUUCUUCUGCAGAGCGUUUAUAAGUUUUUCUUCUUUUGAUUCGUUCUUAGAUUUUAGGGUUUUUUUUUUUUUCUUCCAUUUCUUUUUUAGGUGAUUUUGUUGAGAGAUUGGGAACUGCAAAGAUGAGGCCCGUGUUCGUUGGCAAUUUCGACUACGAGACUCGCCAAUCUGAUCUGGAGCGCCUCUUCUCCAGAUACGGAAGGGUCGACCGCGUCGACAUGAAAUCUGGGUUUGCCUUUGUUUAUUUUGAGGAUGAGCGUGAUGCGGAAGAUGCCAUUCGGGGCCUUGAUGAUACACCUUUUGGUCAUAGCAAACGCAGGAUCUCAGUGGAGUGGUCAAGGCAGGGCGAGCGUGGGCCACGGCAUCGUGAGGGAUCUAAAUCUACAGCUAACACAAAGCCCACUAAAACACUGUUUGUGAUCAACUUUGAUCCAAUCCAAACUAGGGUCCGCGACAUUGAAAGGCAUUUUGAACCAUAUGGGAAGGUUUUACAUGUGCGGAUUCGGAGGAACUUUGCAUUUGUCCAGUUUGAAACUCAAGAAGAGGCCACAAAGGCCCUUGAAUGCACGAACAUGAGCAAGAUAUUAGACAGGGUGGUGUCUGUUGAAUAUGCUCUAAGGGAUGAUGGAGAGCGUGGUGACAGGCAUGACAGCCCAAGAAGAGGUGGCGGUGGUUAUGGGAGACGCGAUAGUCCAUAUGGCCGUUCUAUAAGUCCAGUACGCAGGGGCCCUGGGCGACCCAGCCCUGAUUACGGCCGAGCACGCAGCCCUGUCUAUGAAAGAUACAAUGGUCCUCCUACACAUGACAGGAACAGGAGCCCUGAUUAUGGCAGAUACCGAAGCCGUUCGCCCAGCCGAAGGUCAAGGACAUGAAGGAGUUGCAUAGUUGAAAGGGACACGGGUCUUAAGAAUGGCUAACUUGUUUCUUGUAUUCUUCUCUUUUUAGUAAUCUCAUUGAUUAGGUUGCUGUGGAUGAUCAUAUAUGCAUAUAUGGUGAUCAGUUAUAGUCAGGCUUUUGAUACUCUAUGUAAUAGCCGUUUUUAAUUUCAGAUCAGACAUGUUGGCAUCUCCCAUGAUAUUUUUGUAUUUGACGUUGAAGUAUACCAUAUGGUAGCCAUAUUAAGCAGUGCUGCAUUCGUUUUCUA